AAAGUUUUUUUUUCAAUAAAUUAUUGCAUUUGCGGAAAAUAUUAGAAAAAUAUGGCAUUUAAGAAGACGAUUUAAAGUGAAAUACUUUACUCAGAAACGAUUAGCACCUUUAAAUUGACAAUGCCAAACAAAAAAUCAUAUGAAAACUCUCGUAGUUAUCGAAGUGAGUGGAAAAAAGAAUUUACCUGGGUAAAAAAAGACAUCUGAACAAGCUUUUUGUCGCCUCUGCCGCACUAAUCUACGUUCACACAAAGGUAGCUUAGUGCAACAUCAAAAGGCAGCAUACAUUAAAAGAGAAAAAACCUUGAAUCCAUUUCAAAAGAAGAUUAAUUUUCCGGGUCAAGUAAAAGUUUCAGGUGUAAACAAAAAAGCAGACAUUCAGCUUGCUAUGUGUAUUUGCUGUCACUCAGCAAUUUUAACUGCUGACCAUUUGAGUAAAAUUAUUUCUAAGUUUGGUGUAUGUAGUCCCCUGGAACAUCUAAAACUCCACCGCACUAAGUGUACUAAAGUAAUCUAGAAUGUCAUCUCAUUAACUCUAGAAGAAGAAAUUUCUAAAGAAAUCAAAUCAAAGCCGUUUUCCAUCCUCAUAAAUGAAUCAACGGAUGUGAAUUCAAUUAAGCAUCUAGCAUUAAGCGUGAGAUAUUUUUCAGAAAAAGAGAAACAGAUUGUCGAUUACUUUCUUGGUCUUAUUUAAGUGAUCUCAACAACUGGCAAAGAUCCCUUUAAUGCUUUGAAUUAUAAACUUGACUCCAUUGGAUUAAUUUUUAAAAACUGCAUCGGAUACAGUUCAGAUGGCGCUUCAAAUGUUAUUGGCACACAUAACUCAGUCUGGUCUCGUGUUCUGACUAAUUCGCCUAAUGCCUGUAUAAUGAUGUAAUCGCCUAUAUUAUGAUGAGGUGCAUUUGUCACUCUCUAAAUCUUGUAGUGCAAAAUGUUUUUAAUGCAAUUCCAUCUCAGUCUGAGCGAGGUUCCCCGGUUUUUUAACGAGAGCAUUCUUCGUCAAAACGAGUAUGAAAAACUAUUUGAACUCAUGAAUCCAAAUAAUAAACGCGUGGAAACCCCAUCCCUUUUUCAGAAAUUUUCUGCAACUGGUUGGUUGGUUCGAGGAAAGUGUUUUUAUAACUUACUUGUGAAUUGGCAAGAACUAAAAGCAUUCUUUAUUUGUGCUGAAAUGAAUGCAAACUCUGAGGUACGUUACAAAAUUUCUUCAAUAAGCAAAAUGUUCCAAGACAGCACCCUUUACCUCUAUGUUGUUUUGCUCACUCCAGUCAUUCAAGAGUUUGAGCGUCGAAACUCUCUCUUUCAAGGGUCAAAUGUUAAUCCAGAAGAUCUAAUAAAUGAGCUAAAUAUGCAUCUCAAAAGCCUAAAGCAGCUUGUUUUUGAUACCAAGGGGUUUGUAAUCCCUCUUCAGUGUGUUGAUUUUGGGGCCAAGUUAUCUUCAGAGUGCCAAAUUUAUAUUCAAGGGCAACCUCCAAAUGCAAAACUAAAUGCAGAAGAAUCAGUCAAAAAUGUAAAAAUUCGCUUUCAUGAUUUCAUUCAGAGGGCUAUAACCGAGCUUGAAAAAAGACUUCCAGAGAACAGAUUAAUUUUUGACGGCUUGUCAAAUCUGUCUCCAAUGAAAUUUUUUUCCCAAGUUGAAAAGUUUCCAUUUUCAAAGCUACUUUUCCCUCACCUAAUGGGUACAAAGUCAAGAAAUUGAAAACCAAUACAGAAAAGUCAGUAUCGUUGAAUGGACUGAGUCUGACAUUUUUAAAGAAAAAGAAGUUCCUAAAAAUACUGCUAAAUUCUGGAUAGCUUUAAGGGACUGUCAACAUUUUUUGACUUCCCGCUUUCGCAGGUCACUUAUGUGAAAAGCAAACAGAGAAACAGAAUGUCAAACCAAGUGUUGGAUGCAGUCAUUCGCAUAAAAUCUAAUUUAAUGAGCCGAAAGAUUUGUUGUCAAGACUUUAACAUUCCUGAAUCAAUGAUUUCAAAGGUCGGAAAUGAAAUUUACUCUACAGAUGUAUGCGAAAAGAGAUUAAAACUUAGUCAAAUAAAUUUUUGAAUAAAAUAGUUUUACUUUAUACUUCUUUAUUUUUUUUUUGUUCUGGUUUAUUUCUAGCUUAUUUUUUAUUUAUUUUUGGCUUGUUGCCACAAAAAAACCUGGCAACCCUGCAAUCAUCAAGACUUAUUUAUUUUUGUUAAUUAAAAGCGCAUUUU